GAAUCUGCCAAGGAAUUGGUGUUUUGAAGAGUUUUACAGCGUCUAAUCCUCGUUGCCUUGGGAAUACAAACCUCUCUAAUCAUGUCGCCGGCCAUGUGGAAAUGGACUUGCCUGGUUUCUCACCUCCUGCUGUCCACCACAGUGUCACCUCUUGGCAGACAGCAGCCACCCCAUCCAAAGAGGCCCUUCAUCACCUUCACCGGGGAACAAGCAGAGGGAAACUUCAACCACUUGGUGGUGGAUGAAAGAACUGGGCACAUUUACUUGGGGGCUGUCAACAGGAUCUACAAACUCUCCAGUGACCUGAAGGUCCUGGUGACCCACGAGACUGGUCCUGAUGAUGACAAUCCCAAGUGCUAUCCUCCCAGGAUAGUCCAAACCUGCAACGAACCCUUGACACCCACCAACAACAUAAACAAAAUGCUCCUCAUAGACUACAAGGAGAACCGGUUGAUAGCCUGUGGGAGUCUGUACCAGGGCAUCUGCAAGCUCCUGAGGCUGGAUGACCUCUUCAAGCUUGGAGAGCCCUUCCACAAGAAGGAGCAUUACCUCUCUGGGGUGAACGAGAGUGGCUCUGUUUUUGGAGUCAUUGUUUCUUACAGCAACAUGGAUGACAAGCUGUUCAUCGCCACGGCCGUGGAUGGCAAACCGGAGUAUUUCCCCACCAUCUCCAGCAGAAAGCUCACCAAGAACUCCGAGGCUGAUGGGAUGUUUGCCUAUGUCUUUCAUGAUGAGUUUGUGGCCUCUAUGAUCAAGAUCCCCUCAGAUACCUUUACCAUCAUCCCCGACUUCGACAUCUACUACAUCUACGGCUUCAGCAGCGGGAACUUUGUCUACUUCCUGACUCUGCAGCCUGAGAUGAUCUCCCCACCCGGCUCCACCACAAAGGAGCAGGUUUAUACCUCCAAGCUGGUGCGGCUUUGUAAGGAGGACACGGCCUUUAACUCCUAUGUGGAGGUGCCCAUUGGCUGUGAGAAGAACGGGGUGGAAUACCGAUUGCUCCAGGCUGCCUACUUGUCCAAGGCUGGAGCCAUCCUGGCCAGAUCUCUGGGUGUUGGCCCUGAGGAUGAUAUCCUCUUCACAGUCUUCUCCAAGGGGCAGAAAAGGAAGAUGAAGUCCUUGGAUGAGUCUGCUCUUUGCAUCUUUGUCCUGAAAAACAUCAACGACCGCAUCAAGGACAGGCUUCAGUCCUGCUACAGGGGAGAGGGGACAUUAGAUCUGGCCUGGCUCAAGGUCAAGGACAUUCCCUGUAGCAGCGCGCUGUUAACAAUUGAUGACAAUUUCUGUGGCCUGGAUAUGAAUGCCCCCUUGGGAGUAUCAUCCAUGGUGCGAGGGCUCCCCAUUUUCACCGAGGAUGGGGACAGGAUGACCUCGGUGAUCGCUUACGUCUACAAGAACCACUCCCUGGCUUUUGUGGGCACCAAGAGUGGGAAGCUCAAGAAGAUCCGUGUGGAUGGCACCACCAAGAACACGCUGGAGUACGAGAUCGUGCAGGUGGUGGACACUGGCCCCAUCCUCCGGGACAUGGCCUUCUCCGUGGAUCACGAACACCUCUACAUCAUGUCUGAGAAGCAGCUCACCAGGGUGCCUGUGGAGUCGUGCAGCCAGUACGAGACCUGCAGCGAGUGCCUGGGCUCGGGGGACCCCCACUGCGGAUGGUGUGUGCUUCACAACACCUGCACGCGGAAGGAGCGGUGCGAGCGCUCCAGCGAGCCGCGCAGAUUCGCCUCGGAGAUGAAGCAGUGCGUCCGCCUCACCGUGCACCCCAACAACAUCUCCGUCUCCCAGUACAACGUUCUGCUGGUCUUGGAGACCUACAACGUCCCCGAGCUGUCAGCAGGAGUCAACUGCACCUUCGAGGACCUCUCGGAGAUGGAUGGGUUGGUGGUGGGCAGCCAGAUCCAGUGCAUCUCUCCAGCUGCCAAGGAGGUGCCCCAGAUCAUCACAGAGAAUGGUGACCAUCACAUUGUCCAGCUUCAGCUCAAGUCCAAGGAAACGGGGAUGACCUUUGCCAGCACCAGCUUCGUCUUCUACAACUGCAGCGUCCACAACUCGUGCCUGUCGUGCGUGGAGAGCCCUUACCGCUGCCACUGGUGCAAGUACCGCCACGUCUGCACCCACGACCCCAGCUCCUGCUCCUUCCAGGAGGGACGAGUCAAGAUGCCCGAGGACUGUCCCCAGCUGCUGCAGGCCGAGAAGAUCCUGGUGCCCGUGGAGGUGAUCAAACCCAUCACGCUGAAGGCCAAGAACCUGCCCCAGCCACAGUCGGGCCAGCGGGGCUACGAGUGCAUCCUGAACAUCCAGGGCAGCGAGCAGAGGGUGCCGGCCUUGAGGUUCAACAGCUCCAGCGUGCAGUGCCAGAACACCUCGUACUCGUACGAAGGGAUGGAGAUUAACAGCCUGCCAGUGGAGCUGACAGUCGUGUGGAACGGGAAUUUCAACAUUGACAACCCGGCACAGAACAAAGUUCACCUGUACAAGUGCGGGGCCAUGCGGGACAGCUGCGGACUCUGCCUGAAAGCCGACCCCGACUUCGAGUGUGGCUGGUGCCAGGGACAGAACCAGUGCACGCUGAAGCAGCACUGCCCAGCCCAGGACAGCCAGUGGCUGGAGCUGUCCAGCACCAAGGGCAAGUGCACCAACCCCAAGAUCACGGAUAUCAACCCCGUGACAGGUCCUCGUGAGGGCGGGACCAAAGUGACCAUCCGUGGGGAGAACCUGGGGCUGGAAUUCCGGGAUAUCGCAUCCCACGUCAAAGUGGCCGGUGUGGAGUGCAAGCCGCUGGUGGAAGGGUACAUCCCAGCAGAGCAGAUCGUGUGUGAGAUGGGGGAGGCCAAGCCCAGCCAGCACGCCGGAUUUGUGGAAAUCUGCGUGGCCGAGUGCAAGCCAGAGUUCAUGGCCAGGUCUUCUCAGCUCUACUACUUCAUGACUCUGACCCUCUCUGACCUGAAGCCAAAGCGAGGACCGGUGUCGGGUGGCACCCAGGUGACAAUCACAGGCAACAACCUCAACGCUGGCAGCAACGUCAUUGUGACCUUUGGGCGACAGCCCUGCCUCUUCUACAGGAGAUCCACCAAGCACAUUGUCUGUAACACCACGGCCUCCUAUGAAGGCUUUGAGAAGGUGAAGGUGUCCGUGAGAGUGGACAAGGCCAAGAUCCACCAGGAGCUUCACUAUGAGUAUGUAGAGGAUCCCACCAUCCUGAGGAUCGAGCCUGAGUGGAGCAUCUUCAGUGGCAACACUCCCAUUGCCGUGUGGGGAACUCACCUGGACCUCAUCCAAAACCCUCAGAUCCGGGCAAAGCACGGUGGAAAGGAGCACGUCAAUAACUGUGAGGUGCAGAACAGCACAGAGAUGACCUGCCAGGCCCCAGCACUGGCUGUGGACCCCAAUCACCAGUCUGAGCUCGCUGAGCGCCCGGAGGAGUUUGGCUUCAUCCUUGACAAUGUGCAGUCCCUGCUGAUCCUCAACAAAACCAACUUCACCUACUAUCCCAACCCUAUCUUUGAGGUUUUCAAUCCCUCAGGGAUCCUGGAGCUGAAGCCUGGAAGUCCCAUCAUCCUGAAGGGCAGGAAUCUGAUCCCACCGGUGGCAGGAGGCAAUGCCAAGCUGAACUACACCGUUCUGGUGGGUGAGAAGCCCUGUGCAGUGACCGUGUCAGACGUGCAGCUCCUCUGCGAGUCCCCAAACCUCAUUGGGAGGCACAAGGUGAUGGCUCGUGUAGGAGGGAUGGAGUUCUCUCCAGGGAUGGUCUACAUCUCCCCAGACAGCCCUCUCAGCUUGCCAGCCAUCGUCAGCAUUGCGGUGGCCGGCGGGCUGCUCAUCAUCUUCAUCGUGGCCGUGCUGAUCGCCUACAAGCGCAAGUCCAGGGAGAGCGACCUCACCCUCAAGCGCCUGCAGAUGCAGAUGGACAACCUGGAGUCCAGGGUGGCCCUGGAGUGCAAAGAAGCCUUUGCAGAGCUGCAGACAGAUAUCCAUGAGCUGACGAGUGACCUGGAUGGAGCUGGGAUCCCUUUCCUUGACUACCGAACCUACACCAUGAGAGUGCUUUUCCCUGGCAUUGAAGAUCAUCCAGUCCUGAGGGAUUUGGAGGUCCCUGGCUACCGGCAGGAACGGGUGGAGAAGGGCCUGAAGCUCUUUGCCCAGCUCAUCAACAACAAGGUUUUCCUGCUGUCCUUUAUCCGCACGCUGGAGUCGCAGCGCAGCUUCUCCAUGCGGGACCGCGGCAACGUGGCCUCGCUGAUCAUGACGGUGCUGCAGAGCAAGCUGGAGUACGCCACCGACGUCCUCAAACAGCUCCUGGCCGACCUCAUCGACAAAAACCUGGAGAGCAAGAACCACCCCAAGCUGCUGCUCCGUAGGACAGAAUCUGUGGCUGAGAAAAUGCUCACCAACUGGUUCACCUUCCUCCUCUACAAGUUCCUCAAGGAGUGUGCUGGAGAGCCUCUGUUCUCCCUUUUCUGUGCCAUCAAGCAGCAGAUGGAGAAGGGUCCCAUCGACUCCAGGCAUUUAGAGAGCAGAAACCAGGAUCAGGCACUGCAGGGGGGGCAGUCAGAGGCUUUCAGUGCCACUGAAAUGUGUGUUGUGGUGCCUCUCUCUCAGGUGCUGAGCUGUGUGAACCCCGACAACGUGAACAGCCCCGAGAUCCCGGUGAAGAUCCUCAACUGCGACACCAUCACGCAGGUCAAGGAGAAGAUCCUCGAUGCCAUCUUCAAGAACGUGCCCUGCUCCCACCGGCCCAAAGCUGCUGACAUGGACCUGGAGUGGCGGCAGGCAAGCGGGGCCAGGAUGAUCCUUCAGGAUGAGGACAUCACCACCAAGAUAGAGAACGACUGGAAGAGACUCAACACGCUGGCACACUACCAGGUCCCAGAUGGAUCUGUGGUAGCUUUGGUAUCCAAGCAAGUCACUGCCUACAACGCAGUCAACAACUCCACGGUGUCCCGGACAUCAGCCAGCAAGUAUGAAAACAUGAUCCGCUACACGGGCAGCCCCGACAGCCUCCGCUCGCGCACCCCCAUGAUCACCCCCGACCUGGAGAGCGGCGUCAAGAUGUGGCACCUGGUCAAGAACCAUGAGCAUGGAGACCAAAAAGAGGGUGAUCGAGGCAGCAAGAUGGUUUCUGAGAUCUACCUGACCAGGUUACUGGCCACCAAGGGCACUCUCCAGAAAUUCGUGGAUGAUCUCUUUGAGACCAUUUUCAGCACCGCUCACCGUGGCAGUGCCCUGCCCCUGGCCAUCAAGUACAUGUUUGAUUUCCUGGAUGAGCAGGCAGACAAGCACAACAUCCACGACCCCCACGUGAGGCACACCUGGAAGAGCAACUGCCUCCCCUUGCGCUUCUGGGUUAACAUGAUCAAGAACCCACAGUUCGUCUUCGACAUCCACAAAAACAGCAUCACAGACGCCUGCCUGUCCGUGGUGGCUCAGACCUUCAUGGACUCCUGCUCCACCUCAGAGCACCGGCUGGGCAAAGACUCCCCCUCCAACAAGCUCCUCUACGCCAAGGACAUCCCCAGCUACAAGAACUGGGUGGAAAGGUACUACUCAGACAUCGGAAAGAUGCCAGCAAUCAGCGACCAGGACAUGAACGCUUACCUGGCUGAGCAGUCCCGCAUGCACAUGAACGAGUUCAACACCAUGAGCGCGCUCUCCGAGAUCUACUCCUACGUGGGCAAGUACAGCGAGGAGAUUCUCGGAGCCCUCGAUCAAGACGACCAGGCUGGGAAACAGAAACUAGCCUACAAACUUGAACAAGUCAUAACCCUCAUGAGCAUAGACAGCUGAGAACUGUCCUGCCAGGGACACCCUGGGAGGGAUAAACCAAGUCGUGCCUCACUCAAGAUCAUCAUCUUUACCAAGUGCAAGUUUUGAUGGGCUGUAAGCAGAGUCACCCGAACAGCGCUCCUCUCUCUGUCUCUCUCUCUCUCCCUCUCUCUCUUUCUCUCUUUUCCUUCUCUUCCCAAAUCUAUGGACAAAGCGACAGAGCCCCGGGGUUCAAAGGAAAGACUGCAGAGGAAUCUUGGCUCUGGGGUCAUGAAGACAUUCGGAUGGAGCUCUCCUUUUCACAGCUUCCCCUCUGCCUUUUGCCCUAGAGAGAAACUAUUGAACACACGCAAAAACCCCACCAACCCUCCCCCAGCAUCACGUCCUUGCUCUGCAGAGGUGAAACUGGGAGGAAACUUCUGUCAUGCUGCUUUAACUGCCCUCCGAGGGCUGUAGCCUCUGGAGCGGACAUGGAAACGAACUCAGUAUUACUCAAGUGUCCCCAAGGGGAAGGCAGCCUGCCUGCAGCGCUCCUGGAGGGCAGAGCCAACCCAGCUCCUCUCCGGCAGAGCCGCUGCAGUUCUGUCUCUUGAUAGUGACCCACUGGGAGAGGAGCCUCGAGGCUCCCUGAGAAAUGCCACAGCUCCGUCCAGAGCAGGACCGCUGUGGCUCAUCCUGCCUGGGCAAUCAGCUGCUCUCCUGGGGCAGGGAAAGGGUCAAGAGGGGACGAGGAGACCGGCGCUCCCCUGCCCACGUGUUUCAUAUGGUUCUUCUUAUUUUUCCAAGAGCCGCGUGUCCCCCUCCGUCUUUCCCGUCGUGUCCUGUUGGUCGUAGCCCUGCAGCAAAGCGCUCUCUCUGCUCGGUGGCAUCCAUCCGUGGUGGUGGUUCUGCUCCUCCUGGCAGUGGACAGCACAGCAUCAUCCCCCUCGUUCCCACCUCGGCUUGGAAAGCAGGAGCCACAGGCCUCGGUUUGUUCCAGGCAAGGAGCUCAGCCUCGAAAGAAGAACCAGAAGGGUUUUUUAAUUAUUUUUUUUUUUUAAGCUGUUCUUUCCAUUUUGUUUCCUUGACUGGAACACAGCUGUUGUUUUCCCACAGUGGAAUAUCAGAGGGUUAGUGAAAUGCUUGCUGUGAAGAGAGGUGGUGCACGGGGCUGAUGGUAAAGCCUUCCUUCCAAGCCACUCCUAUGAGGAAAUGUCACCACACAUUUUGGAAGGAAAUCUUGGAGGAAAUCCAAAUGAAACACUGCAAAAAAUUCUACCUAGAUCCCCCCAGCCGAACUGCCUGUCUUCUGGAGGUCUCUGAACUGCUGUGAGCCCAUCUGCCUUUUGGUGCCAACUCCCGUCCUUUCCUCUUCUCCAUUUCUGGAACCAACAGGCCUUGCUGAAGGCACAAUUGCUGCCUGGGAAGGAUUUUAUCUCUCUUUGCACUUCUUAUCCCUUCAGGGAUCACUGUUACCAUGGGAUAAUUGUGGGGGAUCACCCUCCCUGUCCCAUCCUCUGCUCAGCUUCUCCAGAACAUCUCAACUUGUUUCAUGGCCAACCAAAGGGGAGUGAGCUCCUGCAUCUCUUCUGCCUUCGGCUGUUCCAUUCGCACGGCUGCCAGCCCAGAUAACACCAUGAUUAGAGACUCCUGGGGAGUGGAGAACCUUCUUUGUACACCAGGGAGGCAAGAGCUGGGUCAGCAUUCAUCUCCCCAGACACAAGCAGAGCUCCCUGGCAGACGGAGGAGUGGCUGGAGAAUCAGCCCACAUCCACCUCACCCCAUCCUCGAAGCCUCAGCCUGGAUCUGCUUUGCAGCUGUAGGGAAGAAGGGGUGCAGGCAGGGCGUGUAAAUUGAUUACAGAACGAGUUGGUUUGGGUUUAUUCCUGUCCCUUGCUAUCAAAUCAGAACCUCUUGGGAGUGACAGAUCCUGAGCGUGUGUGAGGGGGGAUUUGGUGCAAGCAGGAGUCAGUCAGCGGGAGGGUUUCCUUCAGCCAAGCAGAUACACACGUAGGCGAGUCCAAAACCACUCAAAGAACAGCAGUCCAAAACUGGACGUGUCCGUGGGGAGAAAAUCACCAAAUUCACGUUGAAACAGCAAACUUAGGGACACGUCUUGGUUUUAAACCCCCAGACAUUUCUCUCUUGAUUACAAUUCCGAUUAUUUCGUGCGUGUGCGUGUGCGUGUGUAUCUGUGUGCGCGUGUGCGUUCCUUCCUUUUUUCUUUGGUUCUGCUUGCUUUCUGUUGGAUUGCUGAGCUGAUGGACUCAUCAUGCACCUUAUGGACAUCUCAGCAGUUUUAAGAGGCCUGCGCAUUGGGGAUGGUUUGGGUUUGGUUGGUUCUGCCAUGGUUUUGUUGACCCAUUUUAGUAACGUCGGCGCAUGUUCCAGAUCCAUUGAUUAUGGCUGUGAAAGUGGGAAGUCCCACCAGAGCCAGUGGUAAGAAAAUGACAACAAACAACACAAACACAGUAUUUUUUAUAAGUACUUAAAUUUAAAAAAAAAAUAAAUAAAAAAAAAGGGAAAAAUUAAAAAAAAAAAAAAAGGAAGAAACCAAAGGUUUUGACAAACAAAGUGCCACAAAAAGAUAAAUAUGGACCCUAUUGUCAUGCCUUGUACUCACAGCUGGAUGGUAGGAGUCUAAGGACAAAGAGCUGGCUUGGAGGGAAGUGGUUAUGAGUGAUGGGCGAUCCUGCCUGGACAUGCGCACAUGAGAGGAAGAAGAAGCUGUUUAACAAAAAAAAAAAAAAAGUAUCAAAAUGAACUGGGUGUGAUCCUGCACUGUUACUGAAGUCAGAGGAACACCACAGGGGAAAUCUGAGACUCACCCUGUUUCUUUUUGAUGUUUUCAGGGCUGUGUUUUUGGUUUGUUAUGGUUGUUUUCCAUGGUUGGUAUUUUAUUUCUUCUUGCUGGUACGGAGUUUUUCAUCUGUAUAUUAUAUAUAUAUAUAUUUUUCGAGAAAAACUUGAACACCUCAGAGACACUGAGAAUGAAACACUUAGGGGAAAUGGGAAGCACCAGGAGAUUGGUGUCUUAACCCUUUCCAACUGCCCAUUUAGGCAUUUCUGCUUUCUCUCCACCCUCUUCUUUCCCCCAUGCCCAGGAUUUGAAAGAAAAUCUGCGUUUUGCUUCUCUUUCAUCUCCUCUUUAUUUUUUUUUUGUCUUUCUGUUUCCUCUUUAUUUUGGUGUUUGAGCUGGAUUUGCUUUUUUGCUUGGAAAAUGUGCCAGAAUUGUGAUGUAAAUGCGUGGGCUUCCUCCCCUGUCCCCUUCAGUGCCCUUCCCAUUUCCAACCAGUGUCCCAGAAUCCCCCAGUCUAUGAGAAGUCUUGGCAUCUUUCUUCCCAGCCUCACCUGUUGAGCUAUUUUUUAAGUGCAUGUAAAAUACAACUAAAAACAAAGACACAAGCAGAAGAAUGAGCCCUACUACAACACGGAUGUUUUCUUUUCCCUUGAUUUCUUUUCCCCCACCUCCCUUUCCACACUCGACCAAAAAUUCCUGAUGAAUAGGUAGUGUCCCACACUGUUUUUCAUGCCCCGUGGAGAGAACUGGAGCCAAAGUUCCUAGAAGCCCAUGGAUAGGCUCCUAAUAUCUGGAAUAUUCCAGAUGAUAGGCUGAUCUUUAUGGGCGUUUCUCAAACACCGCAAUCAAAAAAUUAAUGCUGACACCUGCAGCACCAUCAGAAACAGGGGAAAGUGAACUUUUGAGGACUCUCUGAGGUUCUGUGGAGAGACUCAAGAUUAUUUCUUCACUGCAGGGUUUGGACUGGGGCUUUGCUACUGGGUUAGAGGAGCAAAGGGUGGACAGCUCCUCUGCCAACACCUCAUGUCCUCAUGAGUGGGACUCAGCUGUCAGCGACAGUGAUCUGGGAACUGAUCCAUCACACCGUGUGCUGGUGCAGGCUGAGCCUUCCAGUGAACACCGGUGUGGGGAAGUUUGUGUGUGUCGAGAAUGAGGUGGUGGAGAUUGUUUGCCCUCCAACAGACAGCACAGGAGAACCAUCAAGGGGAAAUUUAGCCACCCGAGGUCACCUUCCUCUCCUAGUGUAGAAUCAUAGAUUCACUUGGGUUGGAAAAGAACUCUAAAAUCACAGCCUGAAUGUUAAAACAUGCCUCAGUCCUUCUCUUCCCACUCUUCAUCCUGUCCUGAACAUAUCCAAAGGUUUGGUCCAACCCAGCACACACCAACCUUGCUCCAGUAGAUAAGAGGGCUGUGCCACUUUUCAUCCCUGUAGUGUUACCACUGCAGUUGUUUUAUCUUGAAUUUUUGACACUGAAGACCAUUAAAUUUAUUGGGUCAUGAAGAAGAUUUACCAGCAGAAUUUUGUUUGGUAAUUGCUUUGAUUGAAAAGUGAUUACCAAAGUUUCCCAAUCUUGUGCAUUCACUUACAGGAAAAUGUUUGCCAUGAAGGAAAUGAGACCAAGCAAACCAGAUAAGUGUCAUUAUUUUUAAUAAUGCUGUCGAAAACUGAUAGAUCAGAUUUGAAGAGCCCAGUCAGUGGUCAGCUUUGCUGUUGAAGCCUUCCCCUCUGAGUUUCCUGGGAUGCCUGUGAGGUAAAAAUCCAAGCACAAUACAGCCAAUAUGAGGACAGUUGUUCAGAACUAAGUCAAAACAUGAAAUGUAGAUCUGUCCUUCCCCAAGGCUUUAGCGAAGUGCUUUGGGAACAGACACUGCUAUGUGGGAGACUCUUCCAAAGGAAGACUGGAAACAGGAAUGACUUAGUCCCAGAGCUCUGCUAAAUGGGACCUACAUUUGUGUCUGCACAAAGGACACUCAGAAUCACGGAAUCACAGAACGAUUUGGGUUGGAAGGGAGCUUAAAGAUCAUCUCUGUCCAACCCCUUGUCAUGGGCAGGGACACCUCCCACUACCCCAGGGUGCUCCAAGCCCUGUCCAGCCUGGCCUUGGACACUUCCAGGGAUCCAGGGCAGCCACAGCUUCCCUGGGUGACCACACAGCAUCAGUGAUUCCAGGACAAUUUGCUCUGUACAUUUGAUAAGUAGUAAGAGUUGUCCUCCAGGGCAGGUGGAGGUUUUGGGAUGUCCUAACUCUUGCCAUCCAAACCUGGUGUGCUGUGGAGCAAGAAAUUGUUGAAACACGUGAACCUCAACAUCACAGUGUGAACUUCAACCUCCUGCCCAUUCCCAGCCUGAAUUUUCCUGCUGUGCACCUGGCGCAGCUCCCAUUUCAGGGUAGUGUUUGGUCCAUGGAAUCCUGCAGUUUUCCCUCACCUCUGUGACUGUGCAGUGCCCCUUUCUCCAAAAAAAAAUCGUGUUGUCUUACUGGGAGUGACUAUUUUGUGGAGAAUGCUUUGAAAACAGAGCUUGUCAACAAUGUUUUAUUUGGGAUGGCUCAGUUCUCUACACUUGGAGAAGCACCCAAAGGGACACAGGCUAACAGCAAAAAAAAAUUAAGAAUUGUAGAAAGAUGUCAAAAAAAAGUAAAAAAAACAAACAGAAUUUACACUUGGAAAAAUAAACCCACCAAAAACCCCACUGAAGUUAUAAAGCUGCUUAGUCUAAUCAACCUGUCACGUGUUUGAUUUCUGUCGUUAUUGUUGUUUGUUCAUUGUUUGGUUGGUUUUGUUUGGUUGGUUUUUUGUUUUUAUUUUUUAAUCUUCUGUUCUAAAAAUGGAGAGUUUACCUCAAGAAAUUCUUUCUGCUUGGAAACAGAUCACCUCAAAGACGCUCGCAGCAGAGAGCAGUGUGCAGGGAAGCUCAGUAAAGCAAACUUGGGUGUGGAAAACAGAGGGAAAACCAGGACAUUCAGGCUCUUUUCAGCAUUCCUUUCUCUUACUGGUGUGGUCUGGCAUUCCCCAGUGGAGAAAUUGCUGUUCUCUUUCAGAUAGACUGAGGCACAAGAGCCAGUUGGAGAAAUCAAGGCACAUGUCCAAGCUUGAAGUCGUUUCUGAAGUAUCUUAAGAGAAACUUGGUGUUAUUUAAACUUUCUAUGCUGCUCUUUCUCCAUUCCCUGGAGAAAUUCCACUUUCCAGCCCAGGCUGGGGUAAGGAAGCAGAGAGAUUAGGUGCUAGCUAAAUGCUCCCAGUGUUUUCCCCAAGGAAUUGAGAGGCAACUGGAUUAUUUAAGGUCACAAGAGAGGCCUUCCUUGUGUCUGCCCCUGUGUCUUGGACAUAUAUGUGAGCCCAGAAGUCUCAUUCUCUGUUUUGCUAAAGCUUCCAACUUAAAAUCAAUGGAAAGACAUUUCCUUUCACUACAGUGUUACUAACAGCCUCAAAGAGAUGUCAAGACAGCAUUAGAAAGGAGGUUGGGAUCCUUUUUUCUUAGGUUGUUGUUGUUGUUGGUUUGAUUUUCUUUUGAACUGAUCCUAGUUAAAAAAGAAAUAAAAUCUAUACUAUUUAAAUUGGAAUCCCGUUGUUACUUGGUAAAGGCAAAGCUUCUGUACCUUUGUUAUAAUUAAUUGUAUACCUGUGUAUGUAAAUAUAAGGCAUUCCUAUUUUGCAGUCCAG